AUGGCAAACACUUUGCACCCGGCGAAGGUGUUACUUCUGGCUGUUCACUUCGCGCAACAUGCCGACAUUGAUAGUCUCUCGAUUCUAACCAGCACUCAUACAACUAUCAUUCACGACGAAAUUUUAUUACGCAUCCUGCUUACUCAUCUACCGGAGACUGAAAGACCUGCCGCCUAUGUUGGUUUCUUGCAAAAGUUGGUUGAUCAUAGCUUCGAGCCGUGCCAACUCACUGGAUUGGAUACGUCGCCAGUCAACAGUAUAGAUGACAACGAAGCGGUGAAGAGGGCUACAAAACUUCAUCUACUGCCACUAGUAUGCCGGAAUCCGCCCGAGAUCGCCCAGGGGGACGCACUCAGCCGCUUCCUGUUUCUGAGAAUCCAUCAGAUGAAUGAAGAAACUGGGAUGCUCGCCCAGUUGCUUGAUCUGCUUUUACCAUUUGGUCGCCACAGUCCUGGCAUACAUAAAUGGGCAAUGUCCACGGUAAUUCCGUAUGUACGGAAAGGUCUACAAUAUCGCGCCGGAACAUCACUUGCCUAUUCCUUAAUCGAGUUCGAGAAAUUGCCUGAUCACCAGGCAGUUGACUUCUUGUUGUGCCCAGUUGAUUCUCGCGCUCAACCGAGAGAAAAUGUUGAUCAUGACCUGAGGAGUAUUAUAGGGCCAUGGGUCUAUGAUACAGACCGAUGGGAAAAUUCCUCAGAGGAUGGCGAGUCAUCUAGGGUUUUCUGUCCUGGCUGGCACAAAGUUUGCGAGUGGUUCCUAUCUCAGGCCACCCUAUCAUGGUCAACUGCUGUUCAAGCCAUCGAACGUUGGGGUGGUCCAGAGGAUGUUGAAUUCGGUCAUGGAAUAGCACUCGACCUCCCAGCUGCACACAGGUAUUAUCUUAGGCAAACUUACGCUACAACCGUCUUGGCUUGUGUGUAUGGUGUGCAGGAAGCAACCUUGGAGUCGUUAAGAAGGCUGCACUCCAUACUGAUGAAUCUAAGAGUAUAUCUUGGCCUCAACGGUGGCACGAUGUCCCUUGAGGAAACAAUGAAAGUCUUACCUGGCUUGUCUUCCACAGAUAUAGCGGUGUUUCACAAUGAUCGAGUCGCGACUUAUAUGAGGAAUGAUUUAUUGGGACAGAACAACCCACUGACUAGACCGAGUGAAGGUGCCACAAACCUUUUACUCGCUCUCACUCGAAGUGCUUACAUCUUGACCCUUUUUGGUUCCCCCUCUUCACCGAGACGCGUCGGAGACCUCACAUUUCUCCAUGACGAACGGGACCAAAGGUCUGAAAUUUCGAAACUCCUGAGGACCAUUGCAAUCCAAGCAUCCAAGGAAAAUGACGACUUUCUACUAAAGGCACGAGAAUUCCUGCUUUGGCUACGGGACUGGGGCCAUGGCACCGCUGGCAAACCUACUGCUGGAGCAGCAACAGCUGGUGCUCUUGGCAUGUUGAGCAAGGAAUAUGUGGAAGCAGAGUUUUUAAAGUUAUUAUUGUCCAGAGAACGCUAUAGCCUCGCGCGCAAUUUGUACGAUGGUGGAGGGCCUGUACGCCUCCCAGUCGAGGUCGUACAGGAUUCAGUAUACGAGUCGGCCCUGAGUGCUUUCGACAAUGCCACGAACCCGAAUAGGUCCCGAGGAGGGUUGAAAAGAUGCGAUGAAAUCAUUCAUGCCUUACCUAAAACCGUAGGCCUGUCGCUGCCGGGGACAAAGCGAAUUAUCGCGCUUUUGAAAGCCACUCACGCGCUUAGUGACUAUCGCUUGGUUCUUAAGCAAGGAGAACCCUUCAGUCCUGUAGUUCUCAGGGUACAUUCCGAUCCGAUAUUCAUUAUCGAAAAGGUCUUGGAACAGAAUCCUCGAGCCUAUACUCGCCUCCAGGAGUUCCUGGAAAUGGGCAUGAACAUGGUUCGGGCAGGUUUACCGUCCUAUCGCAAGUUAGAUUCUCCUACAUUAUUGACAAGUGAUUCGGAACUAAACCUCGCUGCCUAUAUUGCAGAACGACGCAUAACAGCAAUGUGUAUUGAAGCUGCUUUGAAGGAGGACGACUUUGAAACCGCAUAUUCCUAUGUUGCCAGUCGUCUAAGCAUGCAAAGUCCCGAAAACUCUGAUACUUCGCCCUGGCCAGUCGUAGAUGAAUGGUCUUGGAAGGCUGCGCUGCAGGCUGGUCAAUACAUUCGAACAGAGCGUUCGCAGCAACCAACUCAUUUAGGUACGGCAAGCGGCAAUCUUGAGAUACGACACCUUGAGCAGCGUAUUGAGUGUCUCGCCACCGCGCUGCGAGUCGCGCCAACUAGUCAGCUUCAGGAAAUCCUCAAGAGCUUUCGGCGCUGUGAAGAGCAACUUGAUUCGGCAAUUAAAGAGGAAGCGGCCAAUGAGCUGGCCUUGGGUGAAGAAGCUAAGGUUGACAACCUUCCAGGUGCUUUCGAUCAAGUCAAUGUUGAGCAGCAGUAUCCUGUCAGGAAUAUGACUGCCAGCGUAGCAGCCCAACAGACAGAGGAAGCGCCGAUGUCUCUAUUUGAUCUGUCUAGAGCAACUGCUCGCGCCGCUCAGCGCAAUUUCACUGCUAUUCCAAGCCUACAAAGCAUCACAAGAGGCGCUGAUGCCAACAACAAUGAGCAUGAAGGAGGGUCACUCUCACGAAUCCGUAAACGAGAUCAGCUUCGUGAAGCUGCGACUGGGACGCUGGUUUCUGGGGUAGGGUGGUUAAUCGGAGCCAAUGUCGGCCAAAAUAAAGAAGAAACUAGUUGA